AUAUGUGGCACACCCAUUUUGGAGUGUACAAACCGUACAUUCAGUACCGUCUUUAGGAUUGAACACUGCAUGGACAACAAGAGUUGUUACUGAUGGUUGGGGGAAUGUCAACUUACUGUAUGUGCCAUUUGAUCAGGGCAACUACAUUCAUGAGCAAUUAAAUGUUUUAUCAGAUGUUUUGCCUCUCAUGCACACCUGCAUGAGAGACUAUAGGAUAUACUACUGUAAUCACAAUGGAGUUUCAUAGACGUUCAGGAAGGAGAAGAAAUAGCAUGUCUACACCUCCUGGAACCCUAAUAAUUACUGUAAGCACAGAGAAGAAUCCAGAAAUUAAAUGAAUGCAACAGUGUUAUAGUGUGUUGUGGAUACAACACUGUCAUGGAUACAUGGAUCUGCUCGAGAUUGUACUCUGGACCUGUGUAGAGGAUUAUUUGGCUGUUUUAAAACAGUACAAUGUACAGAAAAGAACAUCCUUCAGAUAAUCAGGGCAUGGCAUCUGAAUUGAGAAUUGUUCUUUUGGGGAAAACUGGGUCAGGCAAGAGUGCCACUGGCAACACUAUCCUUGGAGAGAAAGUGUUCCAUGAUGAAGAAUAUCUUGCAUCUGUAACCAUAGCAUGCACAAGGGAGAGCAGAAAGCUUUUGGGAAGAUACAUCUCAGUCAUCGACACUCCAGGGAUCUUUGACACUAAAAUGACUCCUGAGCAACUGAAGGGGGAAAUAGAUAGAUGUAUGGUGUUUUCUAUGCCAGGUCCCCACGCCUUUCUACUGGUUAUGAGACUUGGGGUUAGACUAACAGCAGAAGAGAAGAAUGCUGUGAAGUGGGUCAAUGACAACUUUGGGGAGAAUGCGUUUAAAUACACCAUCAUACUAUUCACAUUCAAAGAUCAGCUGCGUAAGGCCGUGGAGGACUACAUCAACGACCCUGAAAUGAAGGAGAUUCUUGACAAGUGCAAGACUAGAUAUGUCGUCUUCGAUAACAUGAAGGAAUGCAAUACCUCACAGGUUGAAAAACUGUUGGAGAAAAUUGAUGAAAUGGUUGCAUGGAACAAGGGCCAUUACACUAGCGUGCUGUUUGAAGAGGCCCAGAAGAGGCAGCAGGCCAGGGAGAGAGAUGAAUACAUUGCAGGAGGUCUAAACACACUGGGGACAUUAGCUCUUGGAGCAGCAGGAGGCUUUGCUGUGGUAGCUGGCCCAGCUGCUGCUCUUGUGGUAGCAGCUGAGGAGAUUGCUGUCCCUGCUGUGGUGACGGCAGGUGCGUCGGCAGGUGCAGGUAUUCUCUCCAAGCUAGCUGGCUGGUAUUGGAAACCUAAGUAAUAAGAUAAUCUGAUAUUUACAGUUUUUAACAUACCAGCUGAAAAUGGCAUGAAAUGCACUAGUAUUGAUGUGAUAUCAUAGCAGUGACCUAAGUUGAUGUAUUUUCUAAUUGUGUUCUAAAAUUAAAAAUCUAAUUAUCUGCCAUGA